AUGAAUAUUACCCACCUUUUUAAUGCAAUGCAAAAAACUACGAAUUUAAUUAAUUUUUUCCCAGUGUCCGCUGCAAGGCAUUUUAGUCAUGGACCACCUCUGAAUAGAGAAAUCAUAGAGGGCAGAGUUAUGCUUGUUCUUCAACUUUACGAUAAGAUAGACCCAGAGAAGCUCACACUAAAAUCAAAUUUUGCUAAGGACUUUGGUUUGGACAGCCUAGAUCAUGUUGAAAUGAUGGAUUUUGACGAUCCUGAUUUAGAUGAGGAAGAGGCAGUCAAGCAGUUUCAACUUUCUGCAGAUCAGGUGAUGCGUGCCAAAGAAGCCAACCCAGGUUUAUUUGUUAGCGCUUGGGAAAAGGACGAAAAUGAUAUUUCAUCUUGGUCUAAUUCUCAGAUUCGGAAAGACGCUCGCAAGCAAUUGAUCGUUGCUGCAGAAGAAGGAAAUCUUCAUAGAAUUGUAGAAUUACUUUGCCAAGCCCAAGAUGACAUUAAUUAUACCGAGGCAAGAUGCGCUAUCAACGAAUCCAAGCCAUCUGUAUCGGCUCAUGUAUUCAUCGAUGCCAAGAAAGACGAAAUUGUAGACGAAUCUACGCCUGACAAAAAGUUAGAGAGGCGAGCUUCGAAAAAUGAAUCUAUGCAUAAAAAAAUGGAAAAUGUGGGCUCCUUAGCUCAGUACCAAAUAGAGGAUAAAUUACAUAAAGGGAAUUCUAUUUGUGCAUCCGAAUUAACAGUUUCGACUCUGCUUGGAGCAGCUGAUCAAGAUGGAUAUACAGCGUUACACAGGGCUAGUUAUUCCGGAUUUCCGGCAGUCGUUAAGGUGUACACAUGA